UGAAACACACACACAUGCAACAUGCAACAUGCAGUGAAACACACAGGAACAGUGGGCUGCAACUAUCAAGCGGAAGCAGAUUGCAUUAAAAAAAUGUAGUGUAUAAAAACAGAGGCCAAAAGUCAUUGUGGAUGUUUAUGAAAAUGAUAAUACUGCUUAGCGAGAGUGCCCAUAAACAACAGGUCACAGAUAAAAGCCCUGCAACACUGUUUCCACCACACAGUCAUAAGACUCAGUGUGGCAUUUAAUGAGCAAACCAUGGCCAAAUAGAUUAUCAGUGUAUGAGGCAAAACAUAUCUGCCCAUGUGGCAGGCUGGUGAUACCCUGGAACUUCAAAUUGUGUUUGAUUUAUCUGAUUUAGCAUCACAUCUUCCUCAGGAGUAGAAAGUAUUUGGUUUAACUAAUGUACUAGAGUACAGAUUUGAUCUACUCAUAUUAACUCUUCAAGGAAUCCUGUAAAACUGUAAAAUUGUAAAACAACCUGAGACUUAAAAAUGAAGUCUCAGGUUGUAGGUUCACAUUACAGCACUUCAAAGCCACGUAAAGCUGAGUACUUUGGAAACAUAUAAAAGGGAGAUGAACAAUGUUACAUAAAGUUUAGAAAGAAGCACUCACAGUGUGCAGGUUUCUGUAAAUGUAGAUGAUCUGCUUCAAACGGACUCAAAAACGAGUUCUAUAACAACCUACAAGUGAAGCUGCAAGAGUUUAUAAAAUCUUAAGACACGUCAUAUGAAAAGUCCAACAAGUACACAUUACCAACAUUCAUGUACCAGCUAAAUCUGUCCUUGGAAAAAUUAUUUAUUUAAGCGGACAUCUUUGUUACAACCAGAUAGGAGGUUAUAUGUGGUAUUUUUUCCAUUUGAGAAAUCCCACAAUGUUCCCAAAGUAUUCAUGUUAUCUCAAGACGUCUGGCUGACUCAACAGUGAUUAGAUAUUGUCUCUGUUUCUAGGUUGUUCCUAAGGUCACCCUACUUGCUGACAUAUAGGAGUUAGACCAGUUGUUUCGCAGGUUUUGGCCAGUAUGUAUUUUCAAGGAAAAAAGAUAAUGCCAGCAAAAUGUUGUUUUUUUUGUUUUGUUUAAAGUUUGAGAGCUAAGUGUUCCCCAGUAUGAAUACAUUUCCAUUAUAUCAUUUGAUUAUAGCUUUGAUUUUGUUUGUAAUUGUUGUAUGACUGCAAUAUUAUAUGACAGAGUGAGCUUAAUUUGAUAUUGGGGUGUCAUUAAUUUCAUGAAGUUGAGGACAUCUUCAGAAAGAAUCCAUUACCCCUGAGCUGCUAUCAUGUUUUUGUCUGCAUCACAUGAUGAGUGUGUCCACCCCCUGAUACAGACUGCUAUUCACACUUAACUUCCAACUGCAACAGUCCUUGGCAUAUAAAACAUCCCAGCCCACAAAAACAUCACACUUUGCCCUGAAGCAACAGAGCCCACCCAUUCCAGUGGAAAAAAAGGAGAUCUUUAAUUUUGUGGGUUUACAAAAAGAGGAACAUCUGAGGCUGAGGGUGCAGAAGGUGCCGUCGUUCACCUAAAGAUAGAAUCCCAAACAAACUUCCUACAAACAGAAGCUCUUUUCACUUUGAGCUUUUUUCUUUUGAGAGGCUCUUUAAAGGUUCCACUGCAAGAGAAGUUUGCAAGACUUUUUUUUGUCCUCAUACCAAGAGAGAGAAUUAGUCUGUGAUGUCUCUGAGAGGUGAUGUGUGCGUGGUGACGGGAGCCUGUGGAUUCGUGGGAACGAGGCUGGUGAGGCUGCUGCUAGAGGAGGAGAAAAUGGCUGAGAUUCGACUGACGGACAAGCAUGUACAGCCCACGCUUUUACACAAUCUGGAGGACUGCAGAGGCAACACGAAAUUGAGUGUUUUUGAGGGGGACAUCAGAGACGGUGAUUUCUUGAGAAAAACCUGUCGAGGUGCAACAGUCGUCUUCCACUUGGCGUCCAUCAUCGACAUUAAUGAUUCAGUGGAAUACAGUGAGAUAUAUGGGGUCAAUGUUAAAGGAACGCAGCUGCUUCUGGAGGCGUGUAUUCAGGAGAACGUGGUGUCCUUCAUCUACACCAGCUCCAUAGAGGUGAUGGGACCAAACCCCAAGGGUGAACCUAUAAUUAAUGGCAACGAGGACACAGUUUACAACUCUGCCCUGAAGUUUAACUACAGUAGGACCAAAAGGGAGGCUGAGGAGAGAACCCUGCAGGCCCACGGCGAGGUGCUCCAAAAUGGAGGCCGACUGGCCACCUGUGUCCUCAGACCUAUGUACAUCUAUGGAGAAGGCUGCCGCUUCUUGCUGGGCCACAUGGGUGACGGGAUACGUAACAACGAUGUUCUAUUUCGUAUGUCUCUACCAGAGGCACGAGUGAAUCCUGUCUAUGUGGGAAACGUGGCUGUAGCCCACCUCCAAGCAGCCCGCAGUCUCAAAGAUCCACAAAAAAGAAUUGUUGUUGGAGGACAGUUUUAUUUCAUAUCUGAUGACACACCUCAUGUGAGUUAUUCCGACUUCAACCAUGUCGUGAUGGCACCUCUGGGUUUCAGUAUUCAAGAGAAACACCCGGCACCUCUCCCCCUCCUCUACUUGUUCUGCUUCUUAUUGGAGUUUCUGUGCAUGAUGCUCCGACCUUUCAUACGCAUCGUCCCGCCGCUCAACCGACAGCUCCUCACCAUGUUGAACACGUCAUUCAGCUUCUCCUAUCAGAAGGCGAAGAAGGAUAUGGGAUAUGUCCCCAAAUACACCUGGGAGGAAGCACGCAAACGCACCAUUGAAUGGCUCGCCUCACAGUUGCCAAAGGAGAGGGAAAGAAUAAGAGCUAAAUAAUUAGUGAAAAGUUGUUGGUAUAGUAUACAUUAAGGAUGUUUAUACAUUAACAGUUUAUGUUUGCUUGUGACUUUGUGUUUUUAUGCAUUUUACCAAAGUAAAAUCUAAAGUUUAGUGAAAGUAAAUAUGAAGCACACGAGCAAAACACUGUGAUCGUCACUGUAGACAUUUCUGAAAGGUUUCUUUCUUACAUUGUUAUAGCAUCUUUCAAAUGAUCCUGACAUGUUUAGCAUAACUUUGUGCUUGUGUAUAUGAUGUUACCACUAGAAGUCACUAAAGUCACAGAUUCAGAAGUUAUGUCACAUUCACUCUUUGUUUCUUAAUUACGUUUAACUUUACAGAUAAUAACCCCAGGAGAGAUGAAUUAAGGUGUACGCUACAGUAGGCAGCUUGUGCUCAGUAUUAUCUGUGGUUUCUGAACUGUGUGUUAUUAAAGUUUAUAGGGGAAAACUG